UUAUCCUCCCCAUUCGCUCUCCUUUGAUUUAAUUUUAUUUUUAUUUUUUUUCUCUUUUCCCCACCGCUGCAACCAUUUCCCUUCUCCAUGCACAACGUCCAUCAUUCACUCUGCUUUAUACUUCUACAAUCCACUUAAAAGCCUUUACUCCUUUAAGCUUCGACGCAUGACAGAGCUGCCAUAGCCACUUUGGCCGGUUUGAAUGCAAGGACGGGUAGCAACUAGCAACUACUCUUUUCUAUUGGUGUUUCGUUAUGCAUGCAUUGACUUAGAGAAUGGUUUGAUGUUCAUACUUGUACUUUGAUUGAUAAUUGCAUUGUUGGGUAAUUGCUGGAGAAUGGAUGGAUUUGCUGGAUGAUUUUGUUGGUAAUUGCUGGAAUUUAUUCUUGUUCAUGAUGCGUAAUCAGUUUGGGUAAUUGAUGUAAUUGUUUGAAUUUGUUAUUGCCUGCGAACUUCUUUUGUAGAACGGAAGAAGUUGAAAAAGUUGAAAGAGGAGAGAAAUUUGGGUUAAUUUAAUAAUUAAAUUAAUGGUAUUUUUGUCUUUUUCUCUAAAUUAACGGCAAUUUGAGACAGAGGGAGUUUAAUUUUGACGGAAGGAAAGUCAUUCAGAGAUUAAACAGCAUUAGAGAUAAAAUUUAGGGAUUAAAUUAAUAAUUUCUUCACUCUUUGUUCCCUCCGACUCCGAGUGUCUGUCCUUAGUGAAAAAAAAAAAAGUAUCUGCCCUUCGCUGUCGCCGCUUUCCUCUGGCGAGUUGAGUAACUCUAGCCUCCACUCCUUAUCCUUCUCUAUCUUUUCUUCCCAUGUCCUCGCUUCUUUGCAAAUCCUUCCUCUUCAUGCAGCGUAAAUCUCCAUGUCCCAUUUCUCACUCUACCACGGUCAAUACCACCAGAGCUCGUUUAAGAGGUGUCGUCUUCGACAUGGACGGAACCCUAACGGUCCCCGUUAUCGAUUUUGCCGCAAUGUAUAAGGCAGUUCUCGGGAAUGACGAGUAUCGCAGAAUUAAAGCAGAGAAUCCUUCUGGGAUUGAUAUCUUGCAUCACAUUGAGAGGUGGAGUCCCGAUAAACAGCGCAAAGCUUAUGGGAUCAUCCGUGAUUUUGAGCGCCAGGGCCUCGAUCGCCUCCGAAUUAUGCCCGGCGCAGUAGAGCUGUGUGAGUUUCUCGAUUCAAAGAAAAUAAGAAGGGGUUUAAUUACUCGAAAUGUCAAGGAGGCAGUUGACCUUUUUCAUUUGCGGUCUGGUAUCAUGUUUUCUCCAGCAUUAAGCAGGGAGUUCCGUCCUUGUAAACCAGACCCAGCUCCUCUCCUGCAUAUCUGCUCAACUUGGGAAUUUCAGCCUAAUGAGGUCAUGAUGGUUGGUGAUAGCCUCAAAGAUGAUGUCACUUGUGGGAAAUUAGCUGGAGCAUUCACAUGCUUACUUGAUGAAAAAGGGAGAUAUAGUUUGGCUGAUUUCAACAAUGUAGAUGUAGAACCAGAUUUCAAAGUUUCUUCUCUGUCAGAAGUUCAUUCUCUACUGGAGGCAAAUUUUGAUUUGAUGCCAUGAUUUUCAGUCCCUGAUGGAGAAUUUGAAACUUGAAUGGAAACUUUGCUUCACCAAGGGAUCACUUAUAUUAGAAGAGAAGGAUCCCUAAAGGAAAGGGGUGGGGGAGUGAAACCAACAAAGCUAAAGAAGAGAAUCAAGGAGGUUAUAAUUUCCUGAACCAGAGUUGAGUUCUCUUUGUUUUGUUGUAGUGGGACUAGAUGGCCUGUGGAAUAGUGUUGCAACUAUAAAGAUUAAAGCGAUCUACUUGUCAUUAGAAACAUUUUGCUGUACUGACUCUUGUUUGCAAUGUAAAGUAUAUUUAUCUCU